CUGGCAGUAACGAGCUGUAUAUAACUUUCACCUCUAAUAUAAUACAGUCACAGGGAGGCUUUAAACUCAAGUUUUCUAUAGGUUGUCCAUCUAUACCAACAUCUCCUAAUAUGGUAAUAUCUUCGAAUGAGACGAAGCCUGGUACAAUGGUUGACAUACACUGUGAUAAUGGUUAUUCCUUCACUCAAUCCAUGUUUAAUUCCAUGUCCCAGUUAACGUUCACCUGUUUAACCGGGGGAAAAUGGAAUGAAACAGUAUAUCCAACAUGUCAAGUAACAUAUUGUGGCAUACCAGAUCCUAUCAAUAAUGGCUUUAUAUUAAACUCAACCGGUAGCUCAGUCGUUGGGCAGAAAGUAACGUAUGCAUGUUAUGAUGGUUUUCAGACUCAGACACCUGGGAGUCUCGAAUCCACGUGUGAAGCUGGUGGAAUGUUUACUUCCGGUAUAGUAUGUCAAGCCAAACAAUGUCCGGAGUUAACGCUAUCAGCCAAUUUGAUGACGAAUAAUACUGGCACCGAUUUCGGCGACUUGGUGGUAUUUUCGUGUGCUCCCGGGUAUGAUCUGAGGGGAGCCAAACAAGUGAUUUGUAAUACAGGCGGUACAUGGUCGCAUCCCACACCCACGUGUGUAGCAAAACAAUGUCCAAUUCCAAUGUUUAAAGAUGCAUUAACUAUGGCGACAACAGCUGAAAAUCUGGGUACAGCUGUGGCAUUUGCCUGUAAUUCUGGUUAUGUGAUCAAUGGUACCACUGAUACUUCCAAAUCAUUAACCUGUGGAACUGAUCAAAUGUUUGCUGGCGAUGUUGUAUGUGUUGAUAAAGAUGAGUGUGAACUAAACACUAAUUCCUGUGAUGAUAUAACCCAGAUGUGUGUAAAUAUACCGGGAAAUUUCAGAUGUGAUUGUAAACCAGGUUUUAAACCUACUGGUUCUACGUGUGCAGAUAUUGUUGAGUGUGAUAUGAAUAAUGGCGGCUGUAGUCAUACUUGUACCAAUUCAAUGGGAAGUUUUUCGUGUGAAUGUCCAUCGGGUUUCUCUCUUUUUACACAAGACGGUACAAAUCGUAGAAAUAUCCAAGCACCUGAUACCGGGUUGAAAGAAGGCGACAUAUAUCAUAUCAACCAUACCUGUGUUCGAAACGUCUGUCCACAUCCAGGGAAUCUAACCAAUGGUCUACUACUCAGUUUAAGAGAGUAUUUUUUCUAUAAUGAAACUGUAAAAUAUCAGUGUAAUAUUGGAUAUCAAUUAAAUGGAUCUAGUGAUCUGACAUGUGGACCUAAUCAAUCUUGGGAUCAAAGUGUUCCAACCUGUGAACGUGCCCAGUGUACCGGUGUGAUGUUAGAAGGACCAGCAUUAAAUCAAGAACGGGCUACGAUAAAAAUGGGUGAAACGGAAGUAGAAUAUGGUGGAAAGGCUAUUGUAGAAUGUCUGCUAGAUGAUGGUAGUAGAGUCAACAAAACACAAUAUUGUGCAUACAAUAGUCAGAAUAAUACGUAUGAUUUACAGGGGGAUUCUACUCUCUGUCCAGUAAUCGAAUGUGGUCCGUUAUUGACCAUACCCGGAUCAACAGUACCAACCGUCAAUUCUACAAUCGGUUCCAGUUUUACAUUUACGUGUCAACCUAAUUUCAACCGACAAGGAUCUGCCAAUGAAACUGUUGAAGAUUUUGAAGUUGUUUGUAUGAAUACUGGUCGCUGGCGAUAUGGUAACCUUACAUGUGUCGGUAAUUCAUGUUCCGAUCCCGGAACAUCAGCUAAUGCGACACAGGUUACCGAUGGUUACGGAUUUGGGCAGUCUGUGAGCUACACCUGUUCAAGAAGUGGCUAUACGCCCGUGCCAGCAGAACCAUUAUACUGUACAAUUAACAGUAAUGGUCAGGUAGACUGGAAUUCUACAGUACCCACGUGUAAAGAUACAACCGAUCCAGUAUUUGAUAAUUGUCCAACCGAACUUUACUUGAAGAAACCCCUGGAGGAAUUUACCUUUUCCCCACCGACAGCUACAGAUAAUUCAGGAUCUGUCAUGGUAACGGCUUCAGAUGACUUUACCGGUAGAGUUACUCUACUGGAUGAUUUAAACGUUACCUACACGGCUAUAGAUGGUGAAAAUAACACAGUAACUUGCCUUGUUAGUUUCAUCGUACAAGCAGCACCAUGGUAA